GCAGAUGCUAGAGAGCCCGAAGGUCCUCGCACAGCCACGCAAACUCACUUGGCCUGAGCGAGGCUAUUAAAGAGACCUGCAGUCGGGCGCAGGCCAACAGUUGCCGUCGCAACCAGCAUGGCACCGGUGCUCUCCGCUCUCUUACUCUGCCUCGCGUCCGCGCUCGCUGCUCCAGGAGUGCCAACAACAGCAAAACCUGGGGAUGACGCUUGCCUUUUGUCUUUAGACGCCGGCCGUUGCGAUGCCAUCAAGCACAGAUUCGCUUUUGAUGCGGCCAAAAACGACUGCGUUUCUUUCGUAUACGGCGGCUGCGGCGGCAACAAAAACAACUUUGUCUCCCUCGCCGACUGCCAGGCCGCGUGUCCGAAGAGGGGUCAGCGCAGCAUCCCCCGAUCAGCCCCCGCACCGGCAACACCAGAGCUCCAAUCGGACGAGCCGAAAUCCAGUAAAAUCUGCGCCGCCUGCCCUAACGAGGUUUACCUAACGCACUACCAGGAGCUCGGAUGCCAGCCGAUUUUCUCUGGAGACAACCAAUGCUGCGCCUCCAGAUACGAUUGUGGCAACCGUGCGCUGCAGAGCGAUGACAAGUGCUACCACGAAGGCAAGGCGUACGAAGUGGAAUCAGAAAUCCCUGCUGACGCGACUCCCAACUGCUUGGUGCACUGCAGAUGCAGUCAAACCUCCUUUGAUAAGGCACCGCGCAUGAACUGCGUCAGCAUCGAGUGCCCUGAGCUCUUCAACGGACCCUUGACUGACGACAAUUGCGUCAGGCAGUACCAGAGGGACAAAUGCUGCUCUCAAAGCACUUAUUGCGCUCCCACCGGCAUGACCUUAGAAACGGCAACAAACGUGGCGCACUGCAGCUACGACGGUCACAAUUACGUCGAAGGACAAAAGUUUUAUCCUGAUAAAGAGCCGUCCCUCGCGUGCAUCUGCCAGCCAGGAUUCAACGGCACUUUGAGUGAGCCCCACUGCCACAGGAUUAAGUGCAACCUUGAGCUUCACUACGGCCACUACCUGAAGCGCCAGUGCGUGCCCAUUUACUACAAGAACAGGAUUUGCCCUAUCGACUGGAGUUGCCCUGAUGACUUUACGAUGGUGACUCCGAGUGCUGAAACUACUCCGACGUCCCCGACGAAGAAAUCAACGACCGAUGGCAGCAAAGGAGAGGACAAUCACCAGUGCGAAUUCGGGCCACUGAAGUUUGCCCGCGGCACAGAGCUGCCUCAGGAAAUCGCGGGUGACUGCGUGAGCUGCAAGUGUUUGGUGCCACCCGUUCCUACCUGCGUCAAAGACUACGCUACCUGCAAAAAGAAUUAAAUCCAAUAAAUUUCACAAAUAUUAUGUAUGUUUGAAUGUUGUGUAUAUUGAACCAAUGGAACCUGUUGUGUAAUUGAA